ACAGAACGGAACUGACGUCUCAUAAAACACCGGAUGUUUUAUUUGGCCUGUUGCAAUUGCUACGGGUCACUGCAACAAUUUUAGAAAUAAGACAUCUUCAUAUGCUGUCUAACAUACUUCGUCUUGAAAAAAUGGACGGCGGUGGUAAUUGCGGGAAUAUCAGUGGCAUUAUGAAUAAUAGACAAAGGACGAUGUUAACAAACAAAGGCCGUGUCGACUGCGUCCGCAACCAGAGAAAGGACUCGGAGGGCUUCUCGGAGUCUCCGGAUCUGGAAUUUGAAUAUGCGGACACAGACAAGUGGGCAUCUGAACUUUCCGAGAUAUAUAGUUAUACAGAGGGACCCGAGUUUAUAUUGAACAGAAAAUGCUUUGAAGAAGACUUCAGAACUCAUGAUAAGUGCUGGACAGAGUUAGACUCUGCUCAUCACCGAGCACAUGCCAUGCGCCUAUUGGAUGGACUAGAGGUCACAGCCCGUGAGAAAAGACUGAAAAUUGCCAGAGCGAUACUCUACAUCGCACAGGGCACUUUUGCAGAGUGCUCAUCUGAAGCAGAAGUGCAACACUGGAUGCGUUACAAUGCAUUCCUCUUGCUGGAGGUGGGCACGUUCUCGGCCCUGGUGGAGCUGCUGAACAUGGAGAUUGAUAACAGUGCUGCAUGCAGCAGUGCAGUGAGAAAACCAGCAAUCUCUCUGGCAGACAGCACAGACCUCAGGAUCCUACUCAACAUCAUGUAUCUCAUGGUGGAAACCAUCCACCAGGAGGACCCAAUGGACAGUCCAGAGUGGAAAGCUGCUAGAGAGACUUUUAAAACUGAACUAGGCUCAACUCUCUACAACAAUGAACCAAUGUCAGUAGUGCUCUUUGGCAUGGUGACUAAGUUUUGCAGUGGUCAUGCUCCACACUUCCCAAUGAAGAAGGUGUUACUGCUGCUGUGGAAGAGCAUACUGUUCACGCUGGGUGGUUUUGAGCAGCUGCUGAGCAUUAAGGUGCUUAAACGGGAGGAGCUUGGCCUACCCCCCCUACCAGAGGAUAGCAUCCGUGUGGUCAGGAGCAUGAGGGCUGCCUCACCCCCUGCCUCCACCUCUGAUCUUCUUGAACAGCAGCAAAAACGUGCUCGUCGAGAACAUAAGGCACUCAUCAAGCAAGACAACCUUGAUGCCUUUAAUGAAAAGGACCCCUACAAAACAGAUGAUAACCGUGAGGAUGAGGAUGAUAAUGACGACAGUGAGAAUGCCCUGGAGCCUGAGAGCUUUCCACUGGAGCGGGAUGAAGUCAUGCCCCUACCCCCACCACAGCCACCUUGUGAAAGAUUAUCCUUCCCCAAGGGUCUACCCUGGGCCCCUAAAGUCAGGGAAAAAGAUAUAGAGACUUUUCUGGAAUCGAGCAGAAGUAAAUUUAUCGGAUAUACUCUUGGAAAUGACAUAGAUACUGUAGUUGGUUUGCCAAGGCCCAUCCAUGAAAGCAUCAAAACGUUGAAACAGCAUAAGUAUGUCUCCAUAGCAGAGAUUCAGAUGGCCAAAGAAGAGGAGUAUCAGAAGACACCACUGUCUGGGGGUGAGGAGGAGGUUGACAUGUGUGCCACUGAGUUGCUGUACCAAGGAAUUCUUCCCAGUCUGCCUCAGUAUAUGAUUGCUCUGCUGAAAAUUUUGCUUGCAGCAGCUCCCACUUCUAAAGCUAAAACAGACUCCAUUAACAUCCUGGCAGAUGUGCUACCGGAGGAGAUGCCAACCACAGUCCUACAAAGCAUGAAGCUUGGGGUUGAUGUGAAUCGGCACAAGGAGAUCAUUGUGAAAGCCAUCUCUGCCAUCCUUCUGCUACUUCUCAAACACUUCAAACUGAACCAUGUGUAUCAGUUUGAGUACAUGGCUCAGCAUUUGGUCUUUGCCAACUGUAUUCCUCUAAUCCUGAAGUUCUUCAAUCAGAACAUCAUGUCUUACAUCACUGCCAAGAACAGUAUAUCAGUGUUAGACUUCCCCUACUGUGUGGUGCAUGAACUUCCAGAGCUCACUGCUGAAAGUUUAGAAGCUGGAGAAAACAAUCAAUUCUGCUGGAGGAACCUGUUCUCCUGUAUCAACCUGUUGAGGAUUCUCAACAAGCUCACAAAGUGGAAGCACUCCAGGACCAUGAUGCUGGUGGUGUUUAAGUCUGCUCCCAUUUUGAAGAGGGCUCUGAAAGUGAAGCAGGCCAUGAUGCAGCUGUAUGUCCUCAAGCUUCUUAAAGUGCAAACUAAAUACUUGGGUCGCCAGUGGAGGAAAAGCAACAUGAAGACAAUGUCAGCCAUCUACCAGAAAGUUCGGCACAGGCUCAACGAUGACUGGGCGUAUGGCAACGCAGACCUGGAUGCACGGCCAUGGGACUUUCAAGCAGAGGAGUGUGCACUGCGUGCUAAUAUUGAACGAUUUAACAGCCGCCGCUAUGACAAGAACCAGGCCAACCCUGACUACUUGCCUGUGGACAACUGUCUACAAAGUGUGCUUGGACAGCGUGUGGACUUGCCAGAGGAUUUUCAGAUGAACUAUGACCUCUGGCUUGAGCGAGAGGUGUUUUCUAAGCCUAUUUCCUGGGAAGAGCUCCUUCAGUGAAGAUGGGGCUGUGGGUGAGCGUCCUAAAUACUCACAGUAGACAGAAAAUGGAAACAAUAGCAACAAUUUGAAAAUCAGUCUAAAAGCCAGCAUGACUUGGCUACUUAAAAAAAAACAAAAAAAACUUGCUUGGGCAUUUUAAUUUAACAUUGCUGUGUAACCGUAUUGCUAACAGUAGUGUUUGUCAAAUUAUCUAUUCUGAUAAUUAAUCAUUUUACUUGUCUUAUUUUUAAGGGGCACACUACACUGUGUGCUCUGGUACAUUCCCAAAUACUGGUGAAGUGUGGGUGUGGUCUAGGAUAAAGAUCCUGGAACACAACCCACCAUACUGGACCAUGCCCACUAGUAGUUUUGUAGGAGCAGUCUUUCUUCUGAUAGUCUCUUAUCCUUCCAACUUCGCUUGUAUCCUGGUCUAAAACGGCCUUUCUGUACUGUGUGCUUUUGUACUGGUUAUGUGGAGGUGCUGCUAAAGACGAAUUUACAUGGACCUUUGUCAUAUACACACAUAUAGUGUCCUAACUUCCUGAAGAUGGGGACUCAUGUGUAACAAGUUUUGUUUUAGGUUGUUUUUGCGUGCUUGCUUUUUUGGGACAGGCUUUUGGUGUGUAUUCCUGAAUAUAUGUCCCUGGGUCUGGGUAUUUGUCUGGUAUUCUAAGUUGAAAUGGUUUGAGAAAGAUAGUUUGGGGUUAGAUUACUACCUCAGAACUGUUGAACUGUUUUUUUUUUGUUGUUUUUUUUAACGCUAGUUUAUAAAGAGGGUAUACAGGUGAAAAGGGUAUACAGGUGUCUCCUAUUAUUUGACAAGAACCCCAAAAAGUAAAGAUAAAAAUAGAAAAAACCUUAAACAAAAGGGAUUUAGUAUCCUCUUCCCUCACAUCUGUGAUUAUAUCAUACAUUGCAUUGUAACCUGUUUUUAUACAUCUGGCCCGAUUUUUAAAGGAAUCUUUAAAAAUAUGUUACUAAAGAAAUCAGUAUUCUAAUUGCUAUUUAUCAUGGUUUGUGUCUUACUUCCAUUGUUUCUCUUAUAGUAUAAACACCAAAUAAACAAAUGUUCUUGAACUAAAUGCUGUACCAUAAAUAAUGUCUCGUUGUAUUGAGCAGAAGAAAUACUCAAUUUUAUUUCUUAGAAAAGCAUUCCUGGCAAAUAUUUUGUGGUGAUAUUGCCACCUUACAGUAAGUUGUUUUUACUAAAACCUUCAGUGGUUACAUCUCACAUCAGUUGCAGACGCACGUCUUGUAGAAGUUAAUGUGGGACUCCUCUCCUUAUGAAGGCUGUGAUUGCCAUGCCCAAUUGCGCUGGUCUCAUUUAGACGUCAAAAUAGGCCUAUUUUGUACACAAAGCAAGAAAAAAAAGUGUGUGUGUAUAUAAAUAUAUGAAUGUGUGUGUUUUUUUUUUUGUUUUUUUUUUUAUAUAUAUGAAGGGGGGUACAUUUGCAAUGUGAUUUGACGCUACACUGUCACAAACUCACCUCAUCCACAAGAGGGCAUUGCUCCUGGGUUACUGGCUGGCUGGAUGGCUUUAUAGCCUUGAAGCAGAAUUGAUGGUGGAGAACUCCAGGUCAAUUGGCAGUGGUCUUGGGGAUACUAUAAGGUGAACACCUGUGUUAAUUUUGUUUUAACCAGUAUAAGUUUUUUCUUUUUAUUAUUAUUUGUUCGCCACUACAUCAUCUUUGAUCUCCAUAUCUUUGGUGUCAAGAAAUGUUCCUCCACAGCUUCCAUGUCAAACCUGGGACUAAACAGAGACCAUGUAUUUGGUCCGCACCAUUGGACACAAUGACUUUUUCACCAUUGUCCAAAGUCAGUGCAGAGUUUUACAGUGUACACAAAAUUACACUGCAGACACGCAGACAUGUUGACCGCACUGCCAGGUGUGAAAUUAGUCAUAUUUAUAAAGAAAUCAGGCAAUAUUCACAGGGAGAAGAUGCCGCAUUUACCUGUCUGAAAGAGAGGUGAAAAUUUGCUGCCCCAGUGCGUGUGUUUACAUAGAAGCUUAAUGUGACGUGCAGUUUUUUUUACAGUAAAACUUAAUGUGACGUGACGUGUUUUUCGAAAUGCAAACGACACCAUGGAGUUGCAUUGACAUUUGGCAACAGACUGACUGCUAUGGAGAGGUGUUGGUGUAGCUGAGGAUUUUACACCUAAUUUUGUCCCCACCACAUUUUACACCUGAAAAUGAAAUGUGGUGUUGAAGCCUCUUAGAUGUGUUAGUGUAGCGUUCUACCAGAAACGUACAUUUUCUGUCCUGGAAUAGAUUCAAUGAAUGAAUGUUAACUGACUAGGUCAUUGAUUUCUGCCAGUGAUUCUGUAAAAGUAUAUGUAAUUCAUUAGGCUCUCAGAUGGUUUUUUUCUUUAUUAAAAACACUUGAAAAUUACAAAUUCUGAUAAAUGAGCUGCCCUCAACCAAACCUGAGGUACGUCUUUCACAGUUUUGUUGUGAUAAAGACUGAUGU